CUUAUGGAUAUCGUACUCUUUAUUCAAGCAGUAAAAAUACUCUUCCUUUUAAUAAAUUUCAUGUAAAUUCAAGUUAUGAAGGUGGUCUGGUAUUUAAGGUUAUCGAUGAUACCAACGUAAAUCGUUAUAAAAGUAUUUAUACUAUAUUACCAAAUGGAACCACAAUAGAUAUCAAUUUUGAUUUUCCAAAUUAUAGAAACAUAAGCAUUAGUCGCAUAUACCCUUUAACUAUGAAACUUUAUUUAUUGCUUUAUGAUAAUAUUGUCAUGGUAGCCAGCAAGUCACUGGAAUGUGAUCUAUUUGUAGUUAAUGGGACCAUUGAAAAGAAUCCAAGUUUAAAUCUGAUUUUAGACACACGAUUAUAUUCAUUUUUAAUUUAUAGCCAGUCUCAUUCAAACGUUGUUAGCUGGACUUUAUAUAAUCUUCAGAAACAGGACAAUAUUGGUGUUAUAGCUAGUAAUUCUUUUAAUUUGUCAGAUUUUUCAACACUUGAAUAUGUAUUUCCAAUUGUUGAUGGGAGCUAUGGUUUCGUUAUUUCAGAUACAACAACUAACAGUAUUACAGAUGAGCUUCCAAAUAGUGGAAAUACAUGUAUGAUGACUACAGAAGUCGAUGUUAAUAAUAUAGGCUCAACAAUUAUAACAUAUCAAAUUGAUUUCUUGUCAUCUGGCUCUGUAGUUAAUUUACAAUCACGAUACAAACAAUUUCUAAGCACUAGUGAUGGUCAAAUUGAUUUUAAUAUUAAGCAGUUAUUUUAUGGUGGGUCUAUUAUAACUAGUUGGACUUUUAAAUGUGUUUAUUCUGAAUAUGUGGCGGGUUUCACCUCACAAGCUGCUGGAGACUGUGAACCUAAAAAUUUGACUGGAUAUAUUAUUCCGCCUGAUGGCAAUGAAGAACAAUGGGAUUUAUUGCCGAUUUCUUCAUUUUCAAAUGCUACAUUUGAUCCUGUAAUUAAUAUAGUAUACUACAUUAAUCGAUGUAUAGAAACAAAACCAGAAAUGCAUUCAGAUAGUGCUGUAGUUGUUGUACGUCUAACUCAUGAUGGGACAAUUAUAUAUGAUUCUCUUUCAUCAUCAAAUAAAUCUUUAUUUUUAAGUGACCUACAAAAUGAAAUUAUUGAAAGCAUUCCUACAACUUCAGAUAGAUUACAUUUAACAAAUCGAAUCCAAUAUGAUCCAUCAACAUCAUCUUCUCAAUAUUUAUUGCAAAUUGAAGUUUUAGCUCCUAACGAUAAUUAUCAGACACCUGUUUAUCAAAUAAUCAAUGAUAUGGAUACAUUAAUAAGAGAAAAGGAUACUUCAAUUAUGUCAAUGAACAAUCAUACGAAAUAUUUAGAUUCUUCAUAUGGUGUUACAGUAAAUCUCAAUUUUUGGGAUGAAAUGAAAUUUAAAUUACUCGGAGUAUUGAGUGGAUUUGCUGUUUUAAGUAUAAUUGCUUUAAUUGCUUGUUGCAAAUGUCGAGAGGGUUGCUUUACGAUAUUUAGUAUAACAUUUAUUUUAUCCGAUUUAAUUAUGGAUAUUUUAUUUGUUGUUAAAAACGGAAAUGACGUUCCUUGGUUAUAUAAGCCCAGCAUUUUUAUAUUAACUUUAUCGGUAUUAUUCAAUUUGGUUGCGGCUAUUAAGCUUAUUACUUCUGAAUUGCGACAUAAAAAUUUUUCUGAAUGGUUUGAUAAAAAUACAAAAGUUGUUUCAAUAUUUACUAUACUUUCGAUAGCAGAUAUUGCAUUAUUAGAAUGUUUAACUUCAAAUUUUGGUGGAUUUCAAUUCUUUAAUGCUCCAUUUUCUGACAAUAUUAAAAAUCAAAUAUUCUGGGGAACUACGAUUAAUGUUUUUAUAGAAAAUAUUACUCAAUUUGUUAUACAGUUGAAGCUUCAAAAAGAAGUCUUAUCACACCAGGCAUUUCUUGAAAAGGUGCGUCUUAAUUUCAUUAACAAUAUUUUUAAACUUUUAGAUUCAAAUGAUUUUGCGGUCAAUAGUAAUUUUGCCAUAGAAUGGCAAAGAUCUUACGGUUGUAAAGAGGAUUUUGAUUUCUUUAAAAUUACUAUGAUUGUAUAUUAUGAAGAUCCCGAG